AUGGCGCUCUCCGUACUGUUCACGUGGUGCACCGAUGCACAUUCGAUAGUGGAAAGUGAAAGCCCGGGAAGCGCCACCGUGGCGGCCCGGUCGGUUCCUGCCGAUGCUGCGGCCACAACGCGGGAAUCGAAAGCCAUGUAUCGCGUCAGCUGUCCGGGGCUGAGCGAGUGCGUACCGCUGGCCGAAUGUCCCGAGCUGUUGCUGGAAGUAUCCCGCCAGUGUUACCGCGGGGACUUUUCGUUGUCGUGCGGCGUCAAUGAGUUCGAACCGCACGUUUGCUGCCCGCGAGUGUCCAACCCACCGUUCAACGACGUCCAAUCGCAGAUCGCCGGCGGCUGUGGCAAGAGCAUCGUCCAAGGCGACUACUACAAUGGGCUCGGUGCGUUCCCGUUCGUGGCACGCAUCGGGUUCAAAAACACCAAAACGGGAGCGUUCAUCUUUCCCUGCUCCGGGUCCAUCAUUGCGCGGCAGAUUGUCCUCACCUCUGCACACUGUGCACUGGCCAAAGCGGACAGCCAUCGGUUGUCGUCCGUGCGAAUCGGAGACUACGAUACACGCACCGAUCCGGAUUGCGGAAGUACCGGGUUCUGUGCGCCGGUGGCGAUCAACCACGCCGUCAGCCAGAUCAUUGUCCAUCCGGACUACAUCGAGGGUCAAUACCACCACGACAUUGCGCUGUUGAUUCUGCGCUCACCCAUCAAUUACACCGUGGCCGCCCAACCGAUAUGCCUGCACGCACGCAAACAAGACCUGACCGUUGGGCGCCGGGUGCAGAUCAUCGGCUGGGGCAAGCUGUCCACCAGCGGAGCAAAGUCACCGGAACUGCAGAGCCUCGAGGUACCGCUCACAUCGUGGGAGAAGUGUGUCCGAGCGUACGCCGCCACCGGUGCCCUCCAGUCGCCGCAAUCGAUCGACGGCGAGUGGAUGUGUGCCGGCGGCGAGGGUCGCGAUGCGUGCCACGGGUUCGGUGGUGCUCCGCUCAUCGUACGCGACCAGGGGCGCUACUCCCAGAUCGGCAUCAUGUCGUUCGGAGCGGAAACGUGCGGUGCGCUCAACAUGCCAAGUGUCUACACCUCGAUGGCCCACUACGCCACGUGGAUCGAGGCCAACUCCCCGAAGACGUUCGUGUGAAGCACUGCGAACACCGCGAUAGUU